CUUGCCUCGAGGUGUUGAUUAUAAAACUUUGAUCCAUUCUCCGAAAUCGAAAACAGAAAAUAAAAAUGUGGUUUUUUGGAUCAAAAGGGGCGUCUGGGUUCUCAUCUCGCUCAACAGCGGAAGAAGUCACACAUGGAGUUGACGGAACAGGACUCACUGCCAUCGUUACAGGAGCAUCGAGUGGUAUCGGAGUUGAGACGGCACGUGUUCUUGCACUGCGUGGGGUCCACGUAGUAAUGGCAGUGAGGAACACAAGUGCAGGUGCUAAAGUUAAGGAAGAUAUCAUCAACCAAGUUCCUGGAGCCAAGGUCGAGGUUAUGGAGUUGGAUCUCAGUUCAAUGGAAUCUGUCAGGAAAUUCGCAUCCGAAUACAUAUCUUCAGGUCGUCCACUUAAUAUUCUCAUCAACAAUGCGGGGAUUAUGGCUUGCCCUUUCAUGCUUUCAAAGGAUAACGUCGAGCUGCAAUUCGCAACCAAUCAUUUGGGUCAUUUUCUAUUGACAAAUCUUCUGCUAGAUACGAUGAAGAACACGUCCCGUGAAAGCAGGCGGGAAGGAAGGAUCGUUAAUGUAUCAUCUGAUGCUCAUUUAUUCACAUACAAAGAAGGAAUCCGCUUUGAUAAAAUCACUGACGAACCGAGUUACAGUAGAACGACAGCCUAUGCAGAGUCGAAGCUCUGCAAUAUUUUGCACGCCAACGAGCUCUCAGAGCAACUUAAGCAGGAAGACGAGGUGAAUAUCACCGCGAAUUCGCUUCAUCCAGGUGGCAUUAUGACCAAUCUGUUCCACCACUCCGGCAUCAUCAAUGGAAUUGUUCAGGCAGUGGGGAAAUAUGUCCUGAAGAGUGUUCCACAGGGGGCGGCAACUACAUGUUAUGUGGCACUGCAUCCUCAGGUGGGUGGGGCCACCGGAGAAUACUUCAAAGACAGCAACAUAGGGAAACCAUCUUCAUGUACAAAAGAUUCAGAUUUGGCUAAGAAACUAUGGGAGUUUAGUAUGAAUCUCACCAACUCGAGUUAAAGGACAGCAUCUGUGUUCGUCUUCUUUGCCAGCGAUCUCUGUUUGUCUGGCAAAAUCUUUGUUUGUAUUAUUAUUCGUAAACUUGUGAUGAGUAAAGUUGGAAAGAUUGAAAGUUGUGAAUU